UCACGUGUGCAGAACUGGGCCCCGUCGCCUAGCAACCGUCGCUUAAAGGCCUGGGCGGCCCGGCGCUGUUCCCGAGGCGCCAUCAUGAGCGACCAACUGAAAUUCAUUGUUGAGAAGCUCAACAAAGAGCCCUUCAAAAAGAAUUUCAACUUAAUCACUUUUGACUCUCUGGAAUCGACGCAGCUCUUACAGUUACUGAGUGAUGUUCUGGGUGAGAUUGAUCCCAAGCACAUCGUUGACAUUAGAGAAGAAUUGCCAGAACACACAGCGAAACGGAUGUUGACCCUCCUCGGCAUUCUUAAAUACAAACCUCCAGGAGGUACCAGUGACUUGAGCAACUUCCGUCAAGGCUUAGUGACGGGAAGCAAGCCCGUCAUUCACCCUGUCCUGCAUUGGCUCCUUCAGAGGACCAAUGAGCUCAAGAAAAGGGCCUACCUGGCCCGCUUUCUGAUCAAGAUUGAUGUGCCAACCGAGUUCCUUCAGGACGACACAGUGGCUGAUACCAACAGACAGUACGAGGAACUGAUGGAAGCUUUCAAAAGCUUACAUAAAGAAUGUGAACAGCUCAAGACCUCUGGCUUUUCAACGGCGGAAAUAAGAAGGGAUAUCACCGCAAUGGAAGAGGAAAAGGAUCAGCUGGUGAAGCGAGUAGAACGGCUGAGGAAGCGGGUGGAGACGGUGCAGAACCAUCAGCGGAUGCUUGAAAUGGCCCGGCAGCUCCGGGUGGAGAAAGAGCGGGAGGAAAACCUCACCCAGCAGAAGCAAGAGCAGAAAAACCAGCUUUUUCACGCAGAGCAGCGGCUACACCGAGUUCAGCUUCAGCUCAAGGAUAUGCGUCAUGCAGCCGUGGAUUCCAAGCCAGAAA